AUGCGGCCGUGGACACCUGCCCUCCUGGCGGCGUGCAUCUGCGCUGCCUGCUGCUGGGCGCCCCUCGUCGAGGGCAGGAGGAACCUUCGCUUCGUGGCUGAGGAAGACGAUGACGAGGAGACAUUCAACUUCGACCUUCAAAGGAUCAACUUCACCCUGAAGUCCAACUCGAUAGAGAAAUUCUGCUUCAACCACGAAGUUUCGUGUGUCAGAUACGAAGUACGUGCCAGAGAUGUUGAUACAGGUGAACCCGCCACCAUUCUGGCGCUGGUGACACCUUUCAGCGAGGCUGAGCGGGCUCAGGAGGAGGGGGUCAUCAGCACUGAGGCGAUGCUGGAGGGCACAUAUUGUCGCGCCAGCGGUCCCUGCAGGGCGAGCGCUCGCACCAGUGAUGCAGACGGGCUCUGUUUGUUGCUGGUGAAUGCGAACCUCCGGUUCGAACCCAGUGGCAACCUGGACUUCACCCCCGCCCAACAGGGGGACAUCCAUUUGGACAUCGACAUUGAUGGCUGCCCCACCACGUCGCAGAGGAUUGUCGCCAUAGCCGUCCCGAUCGCCGUCUUCGUGGGCGUCGCGGCGUGCUUCUCCACGUGGUGGAUUCGGCGCCGGCGUAAGGACCACAUGACCGCCGGCCCCCCCCCGGCCCGCCUUCCGAACUCCGGCUCCACUCAGGUGGCCAUGAUGACUACCUACAGCGCCAACCCGCAUGUCGACAGCGGCCUGCCACCCCCGCCCACGGUGACGCCUGCCAACCCGCAGUCGAUGGGCAGCUACGGGCCACAGGCGGUUUAUGCCCCCCAGCCCGGGUACGGAUCUCAGCAACCCUAUGGCGGGCAUGGAGUGUACGGGCCCCAGGCGCCAUACGCCGAGGGGGCCAACCCGGCGUACAUUGCAUCAGGCAUCAGGCAGGUGAACAGCAAGGGGUACCCCGUGGUGGUCGCGAAUGUAUGA